AUGACUAAGGGCGGCAGUGGUAAAUCUAAAACAUUAGGCCGUCUGAUCUUUGGAGAGAAACGAAAACCGCAUGCAUCACCAACACGUCAUCGAUCAUCAACACGAAAUAGUGCAAAUGUGGCUGAACCUACAUCGUCUGGUGAUGCUACGAUAAAUAAAACUCCACUCAAUGUUCAAGAUUGGGCUGUUUGGAGAAUGCAAUUGAAUGAACAAAUGGGAAAUGUAAUAGGUGAUCAACGAUCUGAACUUAAACAUAUGCGACAAUUCCUUCAAUCGAAUCCAUUUUAUCAACAACAUAGUCGAGAUCCAUCAAGUGGUAGAUAUAAUGGUGUUCGAUUACUUUUUUGUAUUCCUCGUGCUAAUAUUAAACCUGAAUUUCUCGAUGAAUCACGAGGAGAAAUUACUAAAAGUAAUAACAAUGAAGUAGAAGAAGCAGUAGUCUAUGAAGAAAAAAAAGUUCGAUCGAAUAGUGAUGAUCGAACAACAACAAGUGUUAAUUCCAUUUCGGUUGUACAACCAAUGGUCGUCGAUAAAACUAUUAGUCCAUUGAUUCCUAAAUCAUCAGUUGGAAAUACGAGUAGUUUUCUUCAAACAAAUGAACCAAUGAUAGUAGUUGGUGGAAUACAUCCUCGUCGAUCAAUUCGAAGAUCUUUCAUAGCUCCGGAUCGAAUACAUUCAACAUUACAAAAAGCUGUCAAAGAUGGAAAUGUUCUCGAAAAAAUAAAAGCAUUUGAAAUGCAAGCAGCUGCGGCACAAGCUGUAUCCAUAAGCAAAUCAAGUAGUAUAAAUCAUCGAAUACAAUGUGCUACAUCAUCUUUCCAAUCAACUACUCAUCAUAGAUCAAGUCCCGCUAUUGUUCAUCCUAUGCAAAAUGCAAUAUCUCCAAUACCUAUACAACAUCAAAAACAACAAACUAUUCGUACCAGUCGAGGUCGUUAUACUCAUCCAAUUCAACAACAACAACCUGAUGAUAAUCAUGUUUCUAUUCCUGGUCAUAAAUCUCGAAAAGGAACACAUGUUCUUGAACCAGCUCAUGGUGAUAUUAUUCUUAAACGUCGAACGCCAUCACAAAAAGGUGCUAACGAUGAAGAUUAUUCAAUAACAGCAAUUAGUUCUAUGCCAUUACCAGCUCCUCAAAGUCAUCAUCGUAAUCAUCAUUAUCAUCAUCGAACAAGUGCAUCUCGUUCUAGACAACGUCAAGAAGUGAUCUAUGAUAAACGUGCACCAAGUAAAAAUGAAAAUAUUGCUCAUAAAAAUCAACAAAAACCAAAAGGAACAACAAUAUCAUCAGGUAAAUUGUCUACACGUCGUCGUUGGCUUAAAGGACGAAAAGAAACACCUGCAGAAACUUCCAAUCAAGGUGAUAAACAACAAUUAUCAGCCACUAAACUAAAUAAAACUAAUACAAAUAAGAAGAAAAAUGUUGAACAAGAAAAAAUCAAUUCAAAAAAAUCAUCAACAACAAAUAAUAAAGAAAAAUUAUCAUCAGAUAAUAAUCGUGUUUAUGGUGUACCAAAAACAAAUGUUAAUGAACAAACAAAAAUUGAAUCACUACCAUUACAAACAUCACUUAAAAAUGAAGAAAAAAAUGAAUCAGAUACAAAAAAAGACACAAUCAAUAAUACAAAUACGUUUAUUUCAUUAAAAAAAGAUAAUAUGAAUCAAAUCAAAGAAUGUGAUACAAUUAUACCAAUGACAAUUCAACGACGAUCGAGUAAAAAACGUCAUCAACAAAAAUUAUCUACUAUAGAUGGAGAAAUUUUAACUAAAGUCGAUGACGAUAAUAGAUUUUCUCAUCCGACUACUGAUGAUUAUGUUCAUCGAUCGGAACUCAAUGAUGACGAUGAUGAUAAUGAUGAUGAUGAUGAUGAUGAUGACGAUGACGAUGAUAAAAGUGAAGGAGAUGUUUUUAUUGAAGAAACACCUAUUAAACCUACACCAAAUAUAAUUCGUCAUCAAUCAGUUCUCAACCUUCCAAAUAAUGAAUCACGUCGUUUUCAACAACAAUCAUCAUUUGCUAUUCGACGUCAUGCAAGUCAAUGUUCAUCUAAUGAAUAUGUAUAUGAUCGACAUUAUCAACAAUCUAGAGAAAAUACUCAAAUAAUCAUUACAAAUACUCUUAAGAAAAAACCACCACCAAUAACAUUAAUAACUCGUAAAAAUAAAUUAAAUCAAGAUGAACAAUUUGUUUAUGAAGCACCUCAUUCCGAACAAACACAAGCACCUAUAUGUAAUAGUCAUAUAACAAAGAAGAAACGUCCAUUUCAUACUAUUAAUGUUACAGGAACAACGAAUAGUAAUAGUGGACAAAAUAAUAAUAAUAAUAAACAAAUUAGUAAACAAAUUCUUCAUGCAAUUAUGAAUUCAAUGAAUAAUAAUCAAGAACAAACAACAAUAGGACCACCAGUACCAUUAUCGUCAUCGGUAAAUGAUGAAUUUUUCGAUAAUGGACCUCUUACUAAUCCAGAAGAAACUAUUGCAACUAUGACAACUUUAAUUUCAAAAUAA